AAUGCUGAUUGUGUACAAUAGGAGUGUAAACUUGACUAGUCCUCUAUAUACCAGCAAACAAUUGUUUACUUAAUAAACAUCCACAUACUAAGCAGGAUGAUGAUGCUGGAGGGUGGACACGGGUUUAAGACAUCUUACCUCUGUCUUCUGCUCCUUAUUAUAAUUUGCAAAAUUGGGUGUGAAGUUGAUGCACCAGCUGGACAAGUUUUUGUUCACGGCAAAGAUGACCCGCUGGAACUGAAUGAUAUUCUCCCGCGGCACAACAAGAUAUACGACAAAAUGAGACCACCAAAGCGUGAAGGAAAUGCAACGAAAGUGUUCUUCCAUGUUACAGUUAUGUCCCUUGACACUAUAGAUGAGAGUAGUAUGACGUACACCUGUGAUAUUUUCUUCGCUCAGUCCUGGAAAGAUUUCAGGUUACGGCUACCAGAUAACAUGACGUCUGAAUACCGUCUGCUGCCUGUAGAAUGGCUGACUGAAAUCUGGCGACCAGACUCAUUUUUUAAAAAUGCUAAAAGUGUCACAUUCCAGACGAUGACCAUCCCUAAUCACUACAUCUGGUUGUACCAGGAUAAAUCUAUUCUAUAUAUGGUCAAGUUGACCCUAGUGUUGUCCUGUGCUAUGAACUUCAAGAACUACCCUCACGACGAGCAGAUCUGUAAUCUCAAAAUAGAAUCAAUUUCCCACACAACAGAUGAUCUAGUUUUUGAAUGGGAUCCUAUCAUGCCCCUUGAUGUAGACAGUGGUAUUGAGCUACCACAGUUGGAACUCACUCAUAACUUUACAGGAGACUGUACAACUGCUUAUUCUACAGGAAAUUUUACCUGUCUCGAGGUCGUCUUCAUGUUCAAGCGGAGACUGGGAUAUUAUCUGUUCCACACAUAUCUACCUACUUGUCUUAUUGUAAUCAUGUCAUGGAUAUCAUUCUGGAUUAAGCCGGAAGCUGUCCCAGCCCGAGUUACCCUGGGAGUUACCUCUCUUCUCACCCUCUCAACUCAACAUGCAAACAGUCAAAAAUCUCUUCCCCCUGUUUCCUAUAUAAAGGCUAUCGACGUAUUUAUGUCCGGGUGCACUGUGUUCGUGUUCCUCUCUCUCAUGGAGUAUGCUCUCGUCAAUGUAGUCAUGGGAGACAUUGCAGAUAUAGAAAAGAAGAAAAGUGUUGGUAUAUCCAGUAUUCUUAUGAACUCUAGAUCCCCCGGUCUACACCUUACACCACCCAUUAACCAGGAGAAAAUUUUGGCAGAUUUAAUGCAGGAACAGGAUAGAAAAGAGCAAGAGCAGGCUGAUAAUGGAAUGGGUUUCUACAGUGAGAUGAAGCUGGAAGGGUCUAUGGAAUCAGACACAAACGGAAGCCACUGUCUUCAUCGUAGUGUACAACUUGGGCCUCAUCGGUCAAUCUACAACUCAAAACUAAAGGACGAGUUGCUGGAGAAAGGGCAUCCUCAAAUAUCUAAACAUUCCCCGUUCCUCCCUCCUCCUCCUCCUCCACCCCACUACAUUAAAAACCAGUAUCCAACCAUCAUCAAAGCAAAUCCUCAGGAUGCGCAUGCAAAGCGGCAGAAAGAGAUUCGAGACUUGAUGAAGAAGCGAAGAGAGAAAGCGGUGCUAGUUGAUAGAAUAUCCAGGUGGCUGUUCCCAACCAGUUUUAUUUUGCUGAAUAUAGUGUAUUGGGCACUUUUUGGCGACCAUGAUUUGUGGUAAUAAUAACAUCAAGAAGUGACAAAAAUAAACACAAAAAAGUGACAAUUUAAAGAUUAUAAACAAGAUGGAUUAAAGUGACCAAAGAUAACCCCUGUGAACCUGAAAAAUUAUUUACCUAUUUAACAAAACAAAAAGAAUGCUCCUGGUAACCUGGAGUGGAGGUUUAGAUAAAAAAUCUUUAAAAAAAUUUUUUUUUUUGACUACUUCCUUAAAAACAAAAUCUAUGAAUUUGGAAUAAAUGAAACAAUGAAAAAUGCAAGAAAAAGUAUAAGUUCAGCGGAACCUAUCCCUACAGCUGUGUGGACUGUACAGUACUGUACUGUACUUUACUGUACUGUUUGUUCCUGUUCUGUACUGUACUGU